GGGGAACAGGCCCACAGAGCGGCUCCGCGCCUCGCUGGGGGGUCCCGAGAGUCGGAGGAGAGCCCCGAGCCCUCCCCAUCCCCCCCCGACCCCUCCCGGUCCCCCCGGCUCCUCCCGGGCCGGCCCCACACGGGGAAGCCCCCAAGAUGGCGGCGCCCAGCGGCCACUUCCGGCGGCGCUCACGUGACCGCUCCGCGCACCGCCUCCCGCCGCGUCACGUGGGCGGCCGCCAAGAUGGCGCUGAGCCGGGCGGGGGCCCGCGGGGCUCUCUGGAGGCUCGGCCCCGGGCCCAGCCCCGCCUGGGGCCUCCUGGAGCCGCGACCCCCGCGGGGGGCGCUGAGGGUCUCCGUUCGCUGCCGUUCCGCCGAGGCGGGUUCCCGGGGCGCCCUGGCGGCCGUGCUGCGGGGCCUGAAGCGGCUCAACGGGCGCUACGAGCGCUUCCUGCAGCGCUCCUUCCCCCGCUUCUACGGCCCUCUACGCCCUCUUCACCGGAGGUGGGGGCACGGGGUCCGGUCGGUGCUGCUGGAGGUGAGGGAGGUGCGGAGGAUCCGGCAGGACAUGGCCCGGCAGAGGCUGAGCCCCCAGCAGCUGCCCUACAGGGACAUGGAGAGGCUGCGGCAGUUCCGCAGGGACGUGCUCAAGGCCAUCCCGGUCGGGCUGCUCGCCAUCCCGCCCUUCGCCAACUUCUUGGUCAUCGUCCUGAUGUAUUUUUUCCCCCGGCAGCUCCUCAUCCGCUAUUUCUGGACGCCGAGCCAGCAGCGGGAGUUCCUGGCCGCCUACCACGCCAUCCGCAGCGCCGCCUACACCGAGGUGCUGCAGAGCCUGGCCCUGGCCGCCAGCUCCCUGCCCGAGCCCCGGCUCCAAACCCAGCUGCAGGAGCUCUGCACCAAGGUGCAGCGGGGGGCGCAGCCGCAGGUGGCCGAGCUGUACGCCCUCAGGAGCCUUUUUUCGGGGCCCCCCCUGGGGCUGAGCAAGCUGCACGCGUCCCACGUGAGGGCCCUGAGCCGGGUCCUGUUCCUCACCCCCCGCCUGCCCGCCUUCGUCCUGAGGCACCGCCUGCGCGGCCACGUCCUGGAGAUCCGGCACCUGGACCGGGCCCUGCUGCGCCUGGGCUUGGGGCAGCUCUCCGAGGAGGAGCUGAGGGCGGCUUGCUACCUCCGGGGUCUGAACUCGACGCAGCUCGGGCUGGCAGAGUGCAGAGCGUGGCUGGAGCAGUGGCUGCAGCUCUCCUGCAAGCUGCAAGUGUCCGAGGUGUCCCUGCUGGCCAACAGCAUGGUCCUGCUGAGCCUCAACUACCUCAGGGCCAAGGAGUGAGCACGGGGGGGGCCCCGGCUGAGACCCCUCGCCUGCGGCAUCGCCGGGGGGGGCUCGUGCAACCCCCCCCCCCAAUCCCCGGCACCUCGGGCAGAGCCUGGAGCCCCGCUGCCCCCCGAGGCGCUGCCACGCAGGUGAAGGGGGGGUCCCCGUCCCUCCGCGCUGUCCCCGCUGCCCCUCACGGCUCCCUUUCACCUCCUGAACUGCGGCACUUUAUGGAUGGGGGGGGGGAAGGAACAGGCGUGUGCCCCCCCUGCCCCUGGGAGCUUCCUGUGGUGGGCUGUGCUCAGCUUGGGCCCUGCUGCUCUGUUCCCUGUGCAGAGGGGAUCCCGGGGGUGUCACUGAAGUCUUAAUGCAAACAGCUCCUGGGGGGGGUGAGGGCCCCCCCUAGGUGUGGGGGUGGUCCCUGUGUUUUGUUCCAGGGCUGCAGCCACGGGCGGCGCUGGGAAGGACUGGGCUGUACUGGUGGUGAGGACGCAGCCCCCAGCAGCGCCUGGUGCCCCUCCGUGCCCUGCCCCACUCUGGGCUCCUCGGGAAAGGAUUUGGGGGGGCUGGGGGCAGCCUGCACCGUGCCCCCCCCAUCUCCCCGAGGGAUUAAACCCAGCCCCUCACCACCUGUCCUAGCGCGGUCUGUGCAUGAGAGACUCCGGAGUGAGUUUCGGCCCCGCUUUUUGUGUUUUAUUAAAGAAAAAAGCAAGCGCAGGGCUCGCCUGGCUCCCCCCUGGCCCCCCCCCGGCCCUGCCCCUGCUCUGCUUUUGCCCCCCCCCCCCCCCGGGCUCCUCUCGGCGCCCUCCAAGCCCCAAAGCGACUCCCGGUGCAAGUUUGAGCAUUUCUUUAUUUUUACACUUAAAUAUUUCUCUUUAAAUACAGCAUUGUCACCAUGAAAAGAACGUAAAAGGCCAAAAAAAAAAAAA